CACCAUCUUCUGUUACCGAUGCAUUGGAAGCUCAAGCUGCGCCACCACCGCCUCCACCGCCUCCACCACCUCCACCACCUCCACCACCUCCAGGUCCUCCACCUGGUCCUCCUGGUCAACCACCACCUGGUCCUCCUGGUCCACCUGGUAAUAACCCUCCUCCUCCAGGUCCACCGGGCAAUAAUCAUCCACCGCCUGGUAAAAACCCAGGUCCUCCACCUGGAAAGAAUCCGCCUCCAGGAGCUCCACCACCGCCAAAAGCGACCGACAAGAAGAAACUCCCUCCUACAACAGCAGCAACAACAACAACAACAAAGGGUUCUACUAGCAAGCCCACUGACAAGGCAUUGCCGCCGCCGCCACCUCCCGCAGACAAAGGCAUGCCACCACUGCCACCUAAUAACCGCGCACCACCUAAGCAACAACCUGUCGACACAAACGCAGCAACACCAUCUUAUACUAGCUUACCACCAGGAAGUGAUCUAGGCAAGAUCGGUGAAUUGGGCCAAAUUGGUGUCUUUAGCGGUGCCUCGUCCCAGCAGCAACAACAACGUGGUUCUGCCAAUUUACUCUUAUGGAUCUGUAUUGGAUUUUUGGUCAUCAAGAUGCUCACUUCAUCAAGAGGAUAAAUUAUUUAUAAAUAAAGUUAUCCAUACUGCAUAUUUCCAUUCUAUAAGGUGUGCACUUGGAUUUACUGUACAUAGAG